UGAGAGUGAGUUAUUUACCUAUACUUUUGUUGCUUUGCAUCAUGCUUCAAUGCAAAUUGUGACAAGCUAACGACUGCUUCAGUGCAAUAUUCUCAAACCCUGACGCCAUUUUGCCGAUGGUAACUGCUACCGGCAAGAAUAUCAAUGAUCUGGGAGACUUUGACGCGUGCACUCUUCAUCCUGGCACAGAUUAUGCUUUAUUAUAUUUAAAUGGAGCACCUAUCUUCAUCGGAUUAUGAGUACCAUCAAGUUGUCAAAAGGAGGAUCUUUCAGUUUUAGCCGAUGCAUUGACUAAAAUGGCUGAGCAAAAUCCGAUUCCAGGGUCCCCCAAUCCCAAAGGAGCCAUCCAUUUCCCAAAUAAAGAGCCUGCAAAGGUCACAACUGGCCAUGUCUUCGGAUUCAUAGGAUUCGGAUUAUUCUGGAUGUGCUUUAUAAUAGGCCUCUUUGUUGAGUACACUUCUCUAUUCGGGACACAAUUGAAUUAUACUCCAGAUAUGAGCGAUGCUCAAAAAGACAAAGCUCUUGUGAACUCGAAGGGUCUUCUUGGGAAAAUCUUCCUAUCCUUUUCUCCUUCCAGAAACUUGAAGAAAAUGUUUUACUCUCCACAAAAAGAUGACGACUACUUAACAGUAUUGAAUGGGAUAAGAGUAAUCAGUAUGUACUUUGUAAUCUUAGGCCAUGCCGCAGGGAUCAUGGUCAAUGGAGGAGCAACUAACAUUGUUGAUACAUUCUCAAUUAUAUCCACUUGGUGGGUAAUCCUCAUUGGUACAGGAUUUUAUUCUGUGGAUACAUUCUUCUUCCUUUCCGCCUUCCUUGCUACAUACUUAAUGAUAGGAAAGUUCUACGGAAAGAGAAUGUUUAAUAUCCCAAUGAUAUACUUACACAGACUGAUCAGAGUCUGGCCAACCAUCCUUCUCCUAACUCUUUUCAUAAUAACUUUCUUCGUGUUUAUGGGGUCAGGACCAGUCUGGCUGCCAUUUGCUGAGAGAGAAGCUGCUAAUUGUAGGGAGUCAUGGUGGGUAAACCUCCUGUUUAUUACUUCUUGGUACCACUCUGCUCCAUGUAUCUCCCAACUCUGGUACCUAGCAAACGAGAUGACCUUCUUCAUAUUUGUACCAUUGAUAGUGCUAGCAUACUUAAACUCGAAGAUGAUUGGUUAUCUAAUUGUAGGCUUUGCCAAUGUGAUCUCGAUCAUUCUUCCUUUUAUAUUCUCGCAUGUCAGAGGCCAUGGAAUCUCAAUUCUGACCACUCCUGCCCAAGAAUACGUGCCUGAGAUAUAUAAUUAUCCUUAUACCAGGACAGGAUCUUAUUUUGUAGGAGUGUUGUUUGGCAUUCUAUACUUUGAAUGGAACAAAUCCAGAACUGACCCCUCAUAUCAGGUGACAAUAGGGGCCAAGAUAUACAAUACUAUUAAGAACUCGACAGUUCUGUGCUACAUCUGCAUUGUGAUGGGAGGACUUGUGAUGCUCUUCUUCAUCUUAUUCCCAAGAAUAGAGCUCAAGGAUAUUUCUCAAAGAACUAUUGGGCAGAUUCCUAGCGACUUCUUCAAUGCAUUCCAUAGAAGUCUUUUUGUUACAGGGAUGGCAACUUUCCUCGCUCCAAUGAUGAUAGGCAGGAUGACUCUUUUAAAGGACCUCUUUGGAGGCAAACUUUGGGCUCCAUGGGCUAAGGUGACGUUUAUGUCGUUCUUAAUCCAUAUCCAUGUUUUGGGCUGGUUCUUUGCCAAAUCAAAAGCAAGUAUUUAUAUCGAUGGUCCAGCUAACAUAUUCGGAUCUUUAGCUACGUUCUUAGUGACUGUGCUUGUCUCGAUUCCCUUUGCACUCAUGUUUGAGUCUCCAAUUCUUCAAUUUGAGAGACUUGUGCUAUUUCCUCCUAAAGCAAGGCCAGCACUCGUAAAGAAAGAAUUGCUAGAAAAAUAUCAAAUCAACGAAACAGACGAAUCUGAACUUACCAGGGAUGAUAAGGAAUUUCCACAUAAGAUGCAUUAAGAUUCUUCCUUCAACCGCGAA